AUUUAAUGAACAUCACCUUUAUAUUUAUUCUCAUUUUCGGAUUUUUCAAUACUCAAAAAUGCUCAAAAGACUAUGAUCACUUUGACGAUGAAGACUUAGCGUUGAGCAUUCCAAAAAAUGCAAUAGGAGUUCCAAAGGAGUUCAGGCAACAAGUUUUAAAAGAGAUGAAGCUUCGGAACAGACCCAAUGAUAUUUUGAAAAAUCGAUGUUAUUGCAAUUAUGAUCAGUCGAUAUGUGGAAAUAAUAUGACAUGUGUGAAACAAGAUGGAGCUGCUUGUUAUCAUGCCGUUGAAGAGGUUUAUAACAAAGCUGAAAAACGAAUGGAAACUCUUCAUAAAUGGGGAUGUGCAACACUGGAAAGAGGAAGUGGAGCUUCACAUUUGACGUGUAAUUCUUGGAGAGCAGCUCACCAUUCUCCUAAAAGUAUUGGUUGUUGCUAUGAAGGUAACUAUUGCAAUAAGAAUUUGAUUCCGCCGGCAUAUGUUCAUCAUCACAAGGAGAAAGCACUUCAAGAGAAAACUGACAAUCCAGAAGACUAUGAUUCUCCACUGGAAAACAUGACACGUGGAGGAAAAAUGUUCAUAAUGGUAUUUGCAACAGUCAUGUCGGUUUUUGCAGUCAUUGGAUGUAUUUAUUUAUGUAUUACAAGAGCAGAAGAAAAAUCUAAAGCCAGAGCCAGAGCCAAGACGGUGUCUCUGAAAACAGAAUCAACAUACAUGGAGAGCAAAUCAAUGCUCGAAGACUCAGGAAGUGGUUCUGGGCAGGCUGCGUUGAUCCAAAGGACAGUGAGACAAGAUUUAACAAUUAUUAAAACAAUUGGACAGGGAAGAUAUGGAGAAGUUCGCAAAGCUCUGUAUCGUGGAAGUUACGUGGCUGUAAAAACAUUCUACACAACUGAUGAAGAUUCAUGGAAAAAUGAAAGAGAUGUAUAUCAAACUAACAUGAUCAAUCAUGAAAAUAUCCUUCAAUUCGUGGCGGCUGAUAUUUGGAGUGAGGAAGAUUCAAUGACAAAGAUGCUUCUUAUCACUGAUUAUCAUGAACUGGGAUCUUUAUCAGAUUAUCUUUGCCGUGAAGAAACAUUGACAACAGAUGAAGCUCUUCGACUUAUUCACAGUUGUAUAUGUGGUAUUGAACAUCUACAUGCAGCUGUACACGGAACUGGAAGCUUUAGAAAACCUGAAAUUGCACAUCGAGAUAUUAAAUCAAAGAAUAUUAUAGUCAAACGACCAAAUGUGUGUUGUAUCGCUGAUUUGGGUUUGGCACUACGAUAUCAAAACGACAAAAUUCUCCCUGAAAAAUUCAAUGUUCAAGUUGGAACAAAACGAUAUAUGGCUCCAGAACUGAUAUCAAACAAGUUGAAUCCAAAAGAUUUUUCUCAGUUCAAGAUGGCAGAUAUCUACUCAAUGGCACUUGUUAUGUGGGAAGUUGCAAUCAGGGUUGAGGUAAACACCUGUGAGGAAGUGUUAACUGUCGAUGAGACCUCUCCUGAUCACAGUGCAUCAAGUGGUAUCGGAGAGUCAGUUAGUUCAUCUGGUAAUAUAUCGAGAAUGCAUCUACAAAAAACAAAUGUAGAAGGACAUUCUACAUCUCUGAAAGCAAAACAACAUGUCCCACCAUUCGAUGGAAUCGUGCACAAUGAUCCCAAUUUUGACGAGAUGAACGAUGUAAUUUGUGUACGUCGAAUACGUCCACCACCGGAUCUUGCCUGGAAAAACGUCCCAGCACUUAAUGAAUUGAGCAAGUUGAUGGAAGACAGUUGGCAUUCAAUUCCACACUUCCGACAUUCUGCUCUUAAAUUGAAAAAAGAAAUGGCUGAGUUGAUCAAAAACCCCGACAGACAGAAUCAAUCGCAGCGUAAAGUUGAAUUCCAACAGCAAGACAGUGGCCUUGUUGAGUCAGCCACCAAUCAAUCUUAACCCACUUUCUGAUCUUACUUUCGUUGUACCAAAAUUUUUGGCUUCUUUAAAAUCAAUUUUACUUUUUCAGUUUUGUUCAUAUUUCCACAACGGUCAAAAUUUAAAGCGAUCUCUCUAAUAAUUUCCCAUCAAUUUUUUAAUUGUGCAACUCUUAUGAACUUGUUCUCAUCUCGAUUUACUGCAAUUUUUGUGAAUAAACAUUGUUCCAGACCUGU